GGUGGGACUGGAAUGGGAGGUGAGGUAGCCUGCCCUCCCCGCCUCCACCUGCCGCACCUUGGGGCGGGGCGAGCCGGCUGGGGCGGGGCAGGGCAGAACAGAACAGGCGCCGUCCUACCUUCCUACCCCGGGACUCCAACCCGGAACUAGCUUCCCUUGGGAAGGCCGCAGUCCCUGGUCAGGAGCGGGAGCCUGGACCGUGAGUGCAGGCCACUGCACUGGGGCCUGGUCGCGAACAGAGGAACGCCCUCGUUCCCAGGAGCCCCGGGCCAGUUGAGUCCAACCUCGGCUGGAGGUUGCACAGUGUGCUGAAAGUGUGGGCGUCCACGCCCAGGCUGGACUAUGUCGCCCCCGCGGAACGUGGUGAAGAUUGCCGUCCAGAUGCGUGACGCCAUCCCGCAGCUCAUCCAGCUGGACCAGGCAAAGCCCCUGGCCGCUGUGCUGAAGGAGGUGUGCGACGCAUGGAGCCUGACUCACUCUGAGCGCUAUGCCCUGCAGUUUGCUGAUGGGCACAGGAGAUACAUCACCGAGAAUAACCGCGCUGAGAUCAAGAAUGGCAGCAUCCUGUGCCUCAGUACUGCCCCAGACCUACAGGCUGAGCAGCUGUUGGGUGGGCUGCAAAGUGGGAGUCGUGAAGGGCGCCGGGAAGCCCUGAGACGCCUCGUGCUGCUGGCCUCAGACAUGACCUUUGCCCGGGAGGUCAUCAGCCGUGAUGGGCUGCAGAGAUUAGGCACCAUCAUUGAAGAUGGGGACGACCUAGGAGAAGUCCUUGCCCUUGGCCUGAGGGCCUUCAUGGAGCUCAUGGAACAUGGUGUGGUGUCCUGGGAGACUCUCAGCAUCCCCUUUGUAAAGAAGGUGGUAAGCUAUGUGAACAUGAACCUGAUGGAUGCCUCUGUGCAACCCCUAGCCCUUGGGCUGCUAGAGAGUGUGACCUUGAGCAGCCAUGCCCUGGGCCAGCUGGUUAAGAGUGAGGUGCCACUGGAUAGACUGCUGGUGCACCUACAGGUGAUGAACCAGCAGCUGCAAACCAAGGCCAUGGCACUGCUCACAGCCUUGUUGCAGGGGGCCAUCACUGAGGAACGCAAGCACAUGCUUGACUACCUCUGGCAGAAAAAUCUUCGCCAGUUCAUUUAUAAGGUAGGAAGGAAUGGGCCAGGGAAAUCCUUCCCUGCUCCUCUGCCAGUGAGCCCAUGCUCACCCCCACAAUUGGCUAUCCUCCAGAACAUCAUCCACAGUGCAGCACCCCUGGGUGACGAGAUGGCUCAUCACCUGUAUGUGCUGCAGGCCCUCACACUGGGGCUGCUGGAGCAGCGCAUGCGAACGCCUCUGGAUCCCUAUAGUCAGGAGCAGCGGGAGCAGCUGCAGGCCCUGCGCCAGGCUGCCUUUGAGCCAGAGGGGGAGUCCCUGGGCACUGGGCUGAGUGCUGACCGCCGCCGUUCCCUCUGUGCCCGAGAGUUCCGCAAACUGGGCUUCUCAAAUAGCAACCCAGCGCAGGACCUAGAGCGCGUGCCCCCUGGCCUGCUGGCCCUGGACAACAUGGUGUACUUCUCCAGACAUGCACCCAGUGCAUACAGUAGGUUUGUGUUGGAGAACAGCAGCCGUGAGGACAAGCACGAGUGCCCCUUUGCCCGGAGCAGUGUCCAGCUGACAGUGUUGCUGUGUGAGCUGCUCCAUGUUGGGGACCCCUGCUCCGAGACGGCCCAGGACUUCUCACCCAUGUUCUUCGGCCAAGACCACAGCUUCCAUGAGCUCUUCUGUGUGGGCAUCCAGCUGCUGAACAAGACCUGGAAGGAGAUGCGGGCUACGCAGGAGGACUUUGACAAGGUCAUGCAGGUGGUACGGGAGCAGCUGGCCCGAACACUGGCCCUGAAGCCCACCUCCCUGGAGCUCUUCCGCACCAAGGUGAAUGCACUCACCUAUGGUGAGGUGCUGCGGCUGCGGCAGACAGAGCGGCUACACCAGGAGGGCACGUUGGCUCCUCCCAUACUGGAGCUGCGAGAGAAAUUGAAGCCAGAGCUCCUGGGCCUCAUCCGCCAGCAGCGUUUGCUCCGCCUCUGCGAGGGGACUCUCUUUCGCAAGAUCAGCAGCCGCAGGCGCCAGGACAAGCUAUGGUUCUGCUGUCUGUCCCCCAACCACAAAGUGCUACAGUAUGGGGAUGUGGACGAAGGCACUGACACACCCACCCCUGAGAGCCUGCCUGAGCAGCUCCCUGUGGCGGACAUCAGGGCACUCCUGACAGGCAAGGACUGUCCCCACGUCCGGGAGAAGGGCUCUGGGAAACAGAAUAAGGACCUUUGUGAGUUGGCUUUCUCAGUCAGCUAUGACCGUGGGGAGGAGGAGGCACACCUCAACUUCAUUGCACCCUCCAAGAGGGAGUUCUACUUGUGGACAGAUGGGCUGAGCGCCCUGCUGGGCAGUCCCAUGGGUAGUGAGCAGACGCGGCAGGACCUGGAGCAGCUGCUAACCAUGGAGACCAAGCUGCGGUUAUUGGAGCUGGAGAAUGUGCCCAUCCCUGAGCAGCCACCCCCCAUUCCUCCACCCCCCACAAACUUCAACUUCUGCUAUGACUGCAGCAUCACUGAACCUUGACAGGGAGAUUGGCCAAGGGCCACAGCUGCUGCCACUGCUACAGCCCUGAAGGGUGGAGGGUACAGAAAUACAGCACUUUGACCCGCAGGGACCACAACAGAAAUAAAGUCUGCUUGGCUCUUGGA